UAAGAACAAAAUGAGCUAUGGUAUUCAACAGCUUGAGAAAGAGAAGAAUGAGAUGAGAAGUAAAAUUCAGAAACAUCGGGACAGAAUUCACCAGAUGGAGAAUGAAAUUAACCAACAUCAUAGAGAAAAGAAUGCGAUGAGUAAUAAAAUUCAGCAGCUUCAGAAAGAAAAUUAUGAGAUGAGAAAUGAAAUUCCUAUACGUCUGGCCGAAAAGAACAAAAUGGAGUAUGAUAUUCGGCAGCUUCAGAAAGAAAAAGAUGAAAUGAAAGAUGACAUUCAGCAAAGUGGGGACAGUAUCGACCAGAUGAACAAUGAAAUUCUGCAACAUCAGGGCGAAAAAAAUGCGAUGAUCAAUGAAAUUCAGCGUCUUCAGGAAGAAAGAAAUGAGAUGAGUGAUGAAAUACACCAACUUCAAUACAAUAUCAACGAUAUGAGAAAUGAAAUUCAGCUACUUCAGAAAUAUAUCGACAAGAUGACAUUAAGGUCUAUGUUUCGCUUUCCUAUUGAUGAAUGUGCCGUGGUGGUUUCAACUAACGAUGUGCUCGGGCGAGGAACUUAUGGUGCUGUUUACAAGGGAGAAUUUCAUGGAUCUAAAGUAGCAGUUAAAGAAUAUCACGAAGUUAUUAUAUCUGAUUGUAACUUGCAAAUUCUCCAACGUGAAGUAUAUAUUGCAUCGCAAUGUCGUCAUCCGAAUUUACUUCAGUUCAUAUGCGCGACAAGAAACGAUCAAAAUCGCUUGUUAAUCGUGACAGAACUGAUGGAUAUGACUUUGCGUACAUUCGUUGUUCGGCAUGCAAGAGCUGAAUUGCGGUUGGAGUACCAGGAACUCAGAUUAAUUUCAUUAGACGUGGCACGUGGUCUCAACUACCUUCAUUCAAAGAAACCAAACCCAAUAGUCCACCGUGAUAUCAGCAGUGCCAACGUAUUGUUAGAAAUUGGAAAUCGUUCAACAAGAAGAGCGAAGAUAUCAGAUUAUGGUUCGGCCAAUUUCAUGGAUAUUUGUAAAACAAUGAAUCUAGCAGCUCUUUACGCUGCACCUGAAGCCGAGCAUUCUACACAAGACCCUAAGAUCGACGUCUUCAGUUAUGGGAUUCUGGUGUGUGAGAUGUCCAUCUGUCAACUACCUGAACAUGAAGAUAGAGAAAAUCAAAGGAAAAGUAUUUCCAACAAAAAUGUGAAACAAUUGGUGAAGGCCUGCACAAAACCUGACCCACGAGCGAGGCCAACGAUGCAGGAUGUGAUUGAAAAUUGGCAACUCAACAUGUCCGAAGAUACGGGCAGUGAUUCCUUGAUGCGGAGUAGCCGAUUAUUUACUGUAUAAAGAUUAUCGUAAGCAGAAGAAGCGGGCGGUUCAUGAAACGUUUUCUGAUUACGAUACAGACCAAAAUGAUGAGAGAGCGAAUGUUUGCUGACGACGAAUAUCGUCUGAAAAACGCCUGACAUUCAGAUAAUGAAAACGCGAGAGAUCGAUGCUCUAAAGUACUUUAAUCAUAAAAUUAUGGGCCUAGGUUAAUAUACGUCGCAAUCUUGUCGCGUCGAAUGCACUGAUAAAACAAUAUAAUUCUUGUACAUUAAUUUGCAUGGUGACAUCAGUUAAUGGGCUUGUAGGUUUCGGCCCGUUAAUAAUUGCACUCAUGAAGGUUAACACCCAGGUUAACGGACCGAAAGCUUUGCAGUAUUAAAUAUUUACUUGGUUUACAUACAAGCUGAUGUACUUAAUAAAUGCUGAUAUGAUAAACCUUAGACAAAGAUGAGAAACAACUCAUGACGAAUUUCCACAAUACAUAUUCCAGGAAAUUAAAGUCAAAAUAAGGGAAGCAGAAUAGCUAAAGCUAAAAACCCUUUGCUAUGAAACUUUAAUAAACCAUUAUAGACCUGAGGCUGAGAAGAGAGAAGACUUUAAGUUAAUUGAAAAUUGUAUAA